AUGGCGGCGUUCGGCGGCACGGGAACAACGGUUACCUCCUCACGCUCCCUAAAAUCUCGUCGCUCUCGCUUGCGCAGUCGAACGGUCGAUCCCCUCUCUCUCUCCGACCACCACCACCGCCACCUUCCACUAGUCCGUCCCGCCGUAAUGCAUGACAUCGGCCUCUCCGCCCGCGCCGCCGGCGCCUCCUCGUCGUCCUCGCCCUCCUCUCCCUAUGCUGGCGCAUCCUCCGCCACCUCCAUCGGCGACGACGACGAGUCCAAGACCCGGAAGGCGAACCCAGCCUUCGUGGCCGCCGCCUAUGCCCGUCUCCACUCCUCCCACCGCGCCUCUGCCUCCCUCCUCCUCCUCCUCGCCGUCGCCGCCACCACCACCGCCUUCCUCAUCGGCCGUGCCCGCCCCCGCGCCGACUGCCCUCCGCCGCGGCUCGACGCGCGCUUCCUCGCCCUCCCGGACGCCGCCGCAGCCUCGGACUUCGGCGCGCUCGGGGUACCCUGGUGCAGAUCAAAAACUGGAAAUAUAGUGGAGUGGACUUCAAAGGAUCUUCUUCGUGGACUGGAAGAAUUUGUACCAAUAUAUGAAACACGCCCUAUCAAGAAUAACAUGUAUGGGAUGGGCUUUGACCACAGUUUUGGGCUUUGGUUUAUGGUUCGCUGGCUCAAGCCAGAUCUGAUGAUCGAGAGUGGUGCAUUCAAGGGGCAUUCUACUUGGGUUUUGCGUCAGGCCAUGCCAAAUACUAGGAUUGUAUCACUAUCACCCAGACACCCUGAGAAAUAUCUGAAGAAGGGGCCUGCAUAUGUUGAUGGGAACUGCACUUAUCUUGCCGGGAAGGAUUUUAUUGACUUUGGAAGUGUUGAUUGGGGGAAGCUAUUGAGGAAGCAUGGCAUUCCUGAUCCCAGUAGAGUGCUUGUUUUCUUCGAUGAUCACCAAAGUGAGUUGAAGAGGUUAAAACAGGCCUCAAAAUUUGGAUUCCGACAUCUCAUAUUUGAGGACAACUAUGACACUGGUUCAGGCGAUCAUUAUUCAUUAAGACAGAUUUGUGAUCAGGCACACAUCAGAGGUGGUGGACAUAGCUGCUUUUGGGAUAGCGAUGAAGCAAGAUUAAGGUCAAAACGGAAGAGCUUUUGGGAGAAAGCCGUGGAAACAGAUGAGCUUUGUGGAAAGGAUGAUGCAUGGUGGGGUGUUAGAGGUUACAUGCGUGACAAUUUCAACCAUAGCAACAAAGCUAUCUCAUACAAAGAGCAUUUCCAGAACAGUAGGCUUGUUGAAUCCGUGUUGGAUUUGUACUGGGAGCUACCUCCAGUUGCUGGUCCAUCCUUAACGCACCAAACAAGAUAUGAUCCAGCCCGUGCAUCUGAUCCUAUCAUCGAAGAUGGUCGCUUUGGCAUGUUUCAACGAAUUGGUCUAGCAAGAUUAGAUGCUUCAGUUUUCAAUGGUUACACUCAGAUGGCAUAUGUUCAGAUAUCAGGCUCAAUGUUGAGUAGAGAGGAUGCUUGAAGGUUUUAUUCCUUGAGCUUUUUUUUUCUGCUGAUGCGCUAACUAAACGAUUUGUGACAGGCUUUUGUAUCAUGUCGCACGCUUGCAUGCACACACGAGUAUAUGAGUAUAAUUCUAUUAGUACAAGCCGUGUGGCUAUGCAAAUGUUAUCAAACUAAUGAUGAGCCUUGCUAUUCU